AUGGCAGGGCUGGGGGGUGAGGGAGACCUGCGGCACCUGCUGAAGCUGCACCGCACCGAGAUUGCCAUGGCAGUGGAUGAUGUCUUCCCACUGCUGCAUGGCCUGGUCGACCAUGACAUCGUCCCUGAGCACGUCGGCUGUGGUGGCUGGCAGGAGACGCUGAGCCGGACAGAGCGGGAGGGCUCCCACCGCGCUUUCCACGCGCUGCUCACAUGGCUGCUGGGCCGCGACGCUGCUGCCGUCCACGACUUCUGGGCCGUCCUCUUCAAGGACUACAACCUGGAGCGGUACGCCCGGCUCCGGCCCCUCCGCAGCGCCUUCCCCAGAGGUAGGAGGGGGCCAGGCAGGGGGGACCAGCACCCUCAGGGGCGUCUCCCCCCGGGCCCCACAGCGCCAGCCCCACAUAGACCCCAAGGCAAGAGGAAAGCGCCCGAGGAGCGGGACGGGGCCCGAGCAGCACAGCCCUCCCCACGGCAUGUCGCCAGCCCCG